AUAAGUGUAUUGUAGGGACAGGGGUAAACCUGAUAUAUUUGUGGAGAUGACACCAGUUUACAGAAAAUGACCGACAGUAACCAUCACCACGGACACUGAGAAAGAAAAUCCCGACAGGAAAAAUGUCGGCUGAGCUACCAUUGGUUACUUCAUCAGAAGAUACAGGGGACUACUUCCGGUGUGACCUUCAUGCAAAGCGCCUGGAGUAUCUGUGUGACACACAUGGGUAUCACGUGUGCGCGGACUGUGCGGUGUUCGAUCACAGAGACUGUAUCAUUGUCUCCACGAAAACGACAAGCAAACACAAGAAAUUAUCCUGCAACAUCUCUCCAGUUCUCAUACUGGCCGCACAUCGCAUCGGAGAUGUGAAUCCGAAACUCGGCCGACUCUUACAAAGUCGGGACGCAGUGUCGCUUACCCUAGACAACUAUUACCAGAAGCUUAGAGAUGCGAUCGACGCCGCUGAAAGUGAACAAUAUUCACAACUGGAUUUUCUCUUUAACAUAGAAGAAACCCGUCUCUUGGCCUGGAAGGACGAGUGUCAACAGCUGAUGGACAAAGCAAAGACUCGACUAGAGAGUGUCAGGAAAGGGGAAACAACUUCUAUUGAUAAAAUUACCAAGGAAAUAGGGCUCAUUAAGACGCACCUUGAAGAUAAUCUACGAGGAAAUGACACAAACGUGUCAUUCACUUUUGUGGGGGACACAGACUUUGACAAAGACGUGGAAACGUUUUCGCUGCUUCCGGGUAAAAUUGUCGUAAAGCACGAACCUUUGGUCACGCGUGCACAACCAGAAAGCAACGACGAGAAAGAGUGGACAGGAAUCAACCCGCAAUCACCUGCUAUUUUGUCUGAAAGUGAUUCCGAAAAUUUCGUGGAUAUUCCCCUGGAUGGAGCAACGUCAAACUCGAUCAAUAAAGGCGAUGCCGUGAAUAUCAAACUGCAAGAAGAAACGCAAGAUGACGUCGCUGAAAGACGAAGCUCAAGUUAUGAUGAAACAGCACAAGAAAAUAAAAUCCUUGAAUGUGUAGAUCCAUCUUCUUUGUCCUUGUCUACUCGUGGAAGAUCGAUGUCUGUGAUGAAUGCCGGGUACUCUCUCACUUUGAAGAGUUCAAUAAACGCGCGCAUGCCCAGUGACAACUCCCCCAGCUGGUUAACAGGUGCCACGUUUCUUGUUAACAACAGUAUAGCACUGGCAGACAGAAAGAACAAAAAAAUCAAACUAUUUUCAAGUGCCCUUCACUGUAUCUCCGAAGUGGUCAUACCGUCUUACCCUUUCGACAUUGCUCAGACAGGAGACUUCAACUUAGUAGUGACUGUACCCAGAAAUAAGCGCGCACUCUUCUUCCACUCAGAGGAUCUUAAAACGUGUCCAAUGUUUAUUGACACGGAGCAGACAUGUCUUGGUGUGUCUUGCUCAAAAGAGGUAAUCGCCAUCGUGUGCGAGACGUCAUGGACCAAAUCUAUCACCAUUAAACUAUACGACAAUUCUGGGUCCUUGACUCGUAAAGUCUCAAAGAUCGACGACAAUCGGGAAUUGGCAUUUACGUCUGAUUAUAUUUCUAUUUGCCCCGUAUCUGGAAACAUUGCAUUCAGAAAUGGCGUCAAUUUGUUUUAUACAACAUCAGAGGGUGAUCUUUUAUGGAAAUCUAUUAUUCCAAACCAGUUGCUGAGCAACAGCAUCAGAGGUAUCUCUAUCUUAAAUGGCGGCGUCCUCGUCGUGUUUGACGUAAGUGUGUUCUACGUCACUUCAGAUGGCCGACAGUGGAAGACGGUGAUGUCAUUCAGCAAGCAGAGCAGCCCAAGUGCAGUGUGUGUGAGCAGAAGCAAAAGCAGCGUGCUCAUCACACACGCAGACCCCUUCAGGAAUCGGUCGGAAAACAACGUCGUCGAUGUAUUCACACUAUCACAGAGGUUCGAAUGAGAAUUGCAGACUCUCAAAAUUUCAUCGAUUUAUGAUGGUAUGGAACACAGUGUGGAAGCGCACCUUGAAGUAUAUAUUUUACGCACCAGGAUUGCUUUAUUAUUAUUGUGUUUAGUUACACGUCUUUGAAUAAUAUGCGACAUUGCCGUUUUGGAUGUUUCUGCUGUUUGCCAAAUAAUGGAGCAUUUGUUCUUGUGUGAAUAGGCUCUCGUAUUCUUUGCUACCGUUUUUGUCGAGCAUCUGAAUGCCAAUCGGUUUAAUCGCUUGUAACGGAAAUGUAAAGACAUGAACACACGAACGAUUUCGAAAGCUUAAAUGCAUCCAUAAAUUACGACGGCAUUCCGUCAUAUUCCAACUAGACAGCCAUAUAUACCCUACCAGAUCGACGCCGUGUAAGGUCAUCUCAAGAUUCACAACGGAAGUUGUGAUUUGAUAGAGAUGUGCACCAUCUACAACCUGUGUGAAGCCAAUAUUACCUGACUGCUUGUACAUUUUCGUUUUGGAAGACACUCUCGCGUUUAAUAUACUGGAGAUAACGAAACUAUCGAGAUUUUUGACAACAGGCCAAUCCAUUUUUUCCGGCGUAACCAUUGGUCCAUUAACCUCUUUAUCACUUUGACGUCACAUUAUUGACUUUCAUUUUUAAAUUAAAAGUAAUGUCAUUUUCGUAACCUUAUAUCGA